UUAAUACUUUCUUGAAUGGACAACAGAUAAACUUUGUUUUAAAUAAUAAUAUCUUUAAUAUUAUCAUUGACAGAAAUAUGGCAAUGCUAGCAUCCAACUGCACCAGAGACCUCGGAUUGUAACAGUAUUUCUGAACCCAGCUGUCAGUCGAGGCAAAGGUGUGAAAAUGUUUGAGAAAAAUGCAGCACCAUUGCUUCACCUUGCUGGUAUUGUGGUCAACAUUGUGAAGACUGAAUAUGAAGGUCAAGUGAAACAGUUGCUGACAGUGUUAGAGAAAGAGCAUACUGAUGCUAUAGUAGUGGCUGGUGGUGAUGGCACAUUGUUGGAGACAGUCACUGGUAUGAUGCGGAAAAGAAACAACCAAAAAUUCUGUCAAGCAGUACCUGUUGGUGUCAUCCCAUUAGGUCAACAGAACCGAUUUGCGACAUUGCUGUUUGGAGAAGACCCAAAUCAAGUUAAGUUUAUCAUGAAUGCUUCCAUGGCUGUAAUCAAGUCUGUUAUAAAGCCUGUAGAUGUGCUAGAAAUAAAGGCCGAAGAUGGUAAAAACACCUAUGCUAUGUCAGGGUUGCAGCUUGGUGUUUAUAAUGAUGCUGAAACACGGAAAACAAAAUAUUGGUACUUUGGGCCUUUGAAAUCUUAUUGGACAUAUCUUCGAACUGCAAUGAAGAAAUGGCCACCAGCUGUCACACUGAAUGUUGAAUAUGUGCCAUCUAGUGCUGACUUGACAAUAAAGAAGGUAGUAGCCUCCAGUGAGAAGAAGCAGGUUAAAAAAUGGUCAUUGUUCAAUUUUUUGUACAAGUCUAAAAUGCCUGAUCUAUCUUAUGUUGAAGAAUAUGAAAUUGAAGACAAAGACUGGAUCCAAGAGCAGAUGUCUACUAUUGAGUUGACUGUCACAUCCAGUACUUAUCAAACUGAUAAUUUGGGUGCAAGUAUCUUGGAUAUUGGCAUUGGUCCUGCCUUACCAGAGAAAAGCUCAGUGAUAAAAGAAGGAUGGUCCAGAGCUAAACAUAGACGUUUAAAGCUUGGCAGUCAGGAAAAUAACCAUUUAAAGGCAUACAAAUUGAAGUUAUCCCCUGAAAUUGAAGAGGGUGAAGAACUUUGGUACAAUGUAGAUGGAGAAGCUUUUGAAGCACGGCCAAUUGAGAUUAGCAUUAUUAAGAAGCAACUGCAGAUGUUUCAUCCUCCUGAGUCGGUUAUCUCAUAUAUAUAGACCUGUUGCAAAUAUUUUGGAUAAUGAACAUUUUUGCUGGUAUUUUUCUUCAUUGUGAUGGCAGAUAAACCAUAGCAAGAAGAGAUGAUAGAAAGAAAUCUAUUUAAAUUAUCAUGGCAUCUAGAAGUCUGGUGCAAUCUGUUGUAUGCAUGUAAAAAUACAUCAUUUUUAUCAUGAACUCACAAUUCUCUCUAACUAGAAGAUAAAUUUGACUUGUUAUAUAUAUGA